AUGCACGUUCCUACAGAGGUUGGCAUCCUCAGCCAUGCGCAUCCCUCGCCCACCAAGCAUUUGCCGCGCAGUCGGGAAGAACAACGCCUUCGAGCAUUGAUCAGCCGUCAGACCAUCAAUGUCAACUUGCGCGGACUGUCUUGCGAGCAUGCGGCCACCGUUUCAGAAAUCCUGGCCCCCAAGAUACGGCGCUCACCUUUCAACGAAGAGGUCACUGCCAGCCAUCUGGACCUGACCGAGUGCUGGAGAGGCUUAUCGCAUUCUCAAGCAACAGAGCUUUUGAUGUGGUAUCACUUCCUGCACAAGUGCUUACAAUCUGAGGUGCGGGUCAGCCUGUACGAGGACUUGGUCAAAGGCUUGCUACAAAGCAAAGAAGCCAUCGACGAAGUCUACCUCGUACCACGCAUGCUCGAACAUCUCCACAGCCACCGCCAUCGCGUAAUCGAUGUCAGCUUCAUCGACCUGAUGGACAGCAUGAUGGGAAUGUUCCACGACCGCUUCCCUCACGCAGCGGCCGCGACAGCCUCCAACUGGUCUCAUUUCUCUGGCGGUCUCUCGCUCUUUCUACAAAAUUUCCUCCGCAUUCAAGAUUGCUUUUACGAGCUUCCUGAUGGCCCAUGCCUACUCGUCGACUUCGAUUUCACUUAUGCUGAUUAUACCUUGACGGCUACCGGUGACGUGACUUGGCACUUGCCCGACGUCCGGAUUCUGAACCUGUCCAGUAGCCGUUUCCCGGGCGAAGAAUACCGCAUCACUCCUUUCAUGCUGAAGGAAUCUCACAGCCCUGUCAGUCCAUAUGAUUGUGACGACUACAUCGACCAAGUUAGCUACACGCUUCCAAGGUCGCCUCUGAACUUUAGCUGGAAUGCAAUGAAGCAAUGCUUCCAGACUGUUGUACCAGAGUGUGGCCAUAUGGAAGUACAAACUGCCGAAACGGUAUUGUGCGCCACAACCACUACUCCUUUCCCUGACCACGUACUGUUUGAGCGACAGUCGCGAUGGAGCAUCAAGCUUGAAAUUGCGCCCGCGAAAAUCAACGUCAAGCCUUUGGUCACGAGCAACGACGAAGGUGUCAGGCUUGAUGGCUUCAACAAGAAUGAAACCAUGGACGCACCGCGCUACGGCGUCGCCGGGAUCAAGAUGAGGGUGGACUCCAGAGGUCUUGACCACGACACUGUUCUCCAGAAGAUAUUCGGAAACGAUACGGAGCUCCCGUCCUUGCCAAAGCGGAAGGUGUCGAGGCCCGGACUCGUUGAUGUAGGCUUCAAUGCCAAGCGCAGACGCCGCAAUCUGGCCCAAGAAACUGAAGACGAGGCGUCACCCCAAACACACAGUAAUCACGACUCUAUUCAAACGGAUUGGUGCUGUGAAAAUGAUAGUGCUUGUGCUGCCGACGGCUGCUCAAACGCCGCUCAUCCAGAGGCUGCCCGGUGUCACACCAGGUCUCCCAACAUGUCAUCGCGUACUGAACACAACCAGCCGAAACAACACGACGGGUCAACGCCAUUUACUGAGAUCGGCACGCCCUGUUCAACCAAGUCUGCGCCAAACAGUACUGUCGAGAGAGCUCACGCGGGCCUUCGGCAGCAGCAGAUCAUGCACAACUACCAAGAGUUCGCAGAGCACAGGCUUUACAAGGAUGCUGGCAUGGUUAGUCCUGUCAGCGACGGCGAGCGCACGGCUUUUGAGAACAUCUUCCUGGACGACGAUGAACCGUGGUCGCCGGUGACGGACAGCAGUGCUGUGGAUCUGGACACGGUCAUGAGUGAGACAUGA